UUGCUUGCGUUUGUUUAUGUCGAAAAUUUCAUAUGUUCUUUGGAAAAAAUUUACACACCGAAAAAUAUUCAGCCUUGCACCAUGAAUGUGAUACAGUCCAACAUUUCCACCACGAUAAGAAGCUUCAACAUUUCGGACGAUAUCCGAAUCGAGGUGAAGAAAUUCCGCACCAAUGCGAGCAUCGAUGAGGUUGACAUCGAGGACGACGAGGAUGAUAUUUCCGUUAUUCAGAAAAUUCACAAAACAUUUGCCGAUCCGCACAGCACAACGUUUGAUCCGGCCACGUUGAAAUCGAUCAUUGCACGGCUGGAUGAGAUUGAAAAGAAGCUGGAAAAUGUGGUGUACAUAAACCAGCAGGCAGACGCGCUCGAGGCAGCCGCACGACAAACCGGAAUCGUUAGCUUGCCCUCUGCGGGAGGCGUUAUUGUAGGCAGUACGGGUGACGAAGGGUUGGAACUAAAGCUGGAACUCGAUUCCGACAGUGAGCUGAUCGGCGAAUUCAUCGAACAGGACGAACUAAAGCUGGUCGAGUUUCCCAUCAACCGAAUCGAAGAGCUGAAGGAGCUCGAGGAGUCCAUCACAUCGGACCAGGAGUCAUUUGUUUCGCUUGUUAAUUUCAUCGGCAGCACCGUACAAAAGUACAACCGCAAUCUGGAACUGGUGCUGAAAGAUUUCAUCACAGAAUCACUUAUCAACGAGCUUGGCUACAGCACCACCAAGGAAUCGAUGCUAUCGUUCUACAUCUUCAAUCAGUUGCUCUACGAUAUCUGGAAAAAUGAUUACUCAACCUUAAACGACUACAACAACAAGCUGAAAAAUAUUGUAAUUAAAACGCAAAAUCGAUUUUUGCGAUUAAACAAAAACAAGAAAUAGGGAUGGGCCGGUGAUAUACUUGUUGGCAGCUCUUGUCUUACAAGACUUGACCGGUCCAAAACCUCAUCCAUCGCAGCCAGGACUAACUAUCCGGUUACGCGGUAAAAGUAAGUUUAAUACGAUCUGGUUACGAUCAUUCUACAAAAAAAAAUACAAAAUGUAGA